AGAGCUGCCGUCUUUGAAUCCUCUUCUCUCUCACAAAAACCAACCCUCGCUUUUUUUGGCUCAACAGAAAGAAAACCAGUCGCGGCAGUCGUAGAGAGCUCUUUCAAAUUCACAGAGAGAAAUCCGAAGCCAAAAGAGAGAUGGGAAAUCCGAAGCAAAAAUGGACGUCGGAGGAAGAAGAGGCGCUCCGAGCCGGCGUCCGAAAGCACGGCACCGGAAAGUGGAAGGACAUCCAGAAAGACCCCGAGUUCAAUCCCUUCCUCUCCUCUCGCUCCAAUAUUGAUCUCAAGGACAAAUGGCGGAAUAUGUCUGUUAGUGGCGGCAUGGGAGGGCCUAGAGAAAAAGCAAAGACGACAAGACCAAGAGAUAGUCCUGUUACACUAUUCGCCAACCCCACACCACAGACAUCUGCUGCUGCUUCUGUUAAACGUGAGCCGUCAGCAGCUCUUCUCAAACGUGAGCCAUCAUCAGCUCCUGUCAAACGUGAGGCAGCGUCAUCCCUUGUCAAAGGCGAGCCAGUAGCUGAUGAUUCUCCAACAGAAGCAAAAACUGAAGCAAAAACAGCUCCACUGUACAAUGCAUUGAUUUUUGAAGCACUUGAAACUUCAACAGAUCCAAAUGGAUUGGAGACUGGUGCUAUUGCUAACUUUAUUGAGCAAAGGUUAGUUUUGGAGAAAAAGAAUGAGGUGCCCCAAAAUUUUAGAAGGUUAUUGAGCUCAAGGUUAAGAAGGCUGGUUGCACAAGAAAAACUUGAAAAGUUUCAAAAUUGCUUCAAGAUGAAAGGCGACUCUUCCGCUAAUACAAAAGUACCACCGCCCCCAACACCACCGGUCCCAAACGCCCCAAAACAGAAUGAGACACCAGCGGCUCCAAAACAGAAUGAGACACCGCCGGCUCCAAAACAGAAUGAUGUCCAACUUACGCAAUUGCAGAGUAGUGCUGAUGUAAUCCCCUAUGAAACAGUUGAGGAAGCGGCAGUGGCUGCUGCCUACAAGAUUGCCGAAGCAGAAAACAAAUCAUUUGUGGCUGCAGAAGCAGUGAAAGAGUCGGAGAGGGUUUCACAGAUGUUUGAAGACACAAACUCAGUGCUCCAGUUGGCAGAAGAGUUUCUUAAGAAAUGUUUGCAAGGUGAAGUUCUUCUGCUCGUGUAACAUCUGAAUGGCUAUGCUAUCCAAUUAGAAGAUGACUCCUGUGAUUAGAGAAUUUGUAAAGUUUUGUUAUAGUUUCAUUUGCCUUUGAGGUACACUCGAGCAAAUACUUUUGCUCCCCAUUUUUCUAUUAAGGAUAAUGAUACUAUAUACCUUUCAGACUAGACAUGGUGAUGGAGAAUUACUAUUGAUUUAUCUAGCUAUCAGCAUAGAUUCU